GGUUGCACCAACACCGGUACAUAGGCGCGGGCCGGCGUGUCCUUGGACUUAGAGAGCGGGACGUCCGGCUGGCGCGGGUGGGACUCUGUGUCGUGUCUAACGAAAGAGCGAUUUAAAGAUGGGUGAUGUAGAGAAGGGCAAGAAGAUUUUUGUGCAGAAAUGUGCCCAGUGCCAUACUGUGGAAAAGGGAGGCAAGCACAAGACUGGGCCAAAUCUCCAUGGUCUGUUUGGGCGAAAGACUGGUCAGGCCCCUGGAUUUUCUUACACGGAUGCCAACAAGAACAAAGGCAUCACCUGGGGAGAUGACACCUUGAUGGAGUAUUUGGAGAAUCCCAAGAAGUACAUCCCUGGAACAAAAAUGAUCUUCGCUGGCAUUAAGAAGACUGCAGAAAGGGCAGACUUGAUAGCGUAUCUCAAAAAGGCUACUAAGGAGUAAUAGUUGGCCACUGCCUUAUUUAUUACAAUACACAAAUGUUUCAUGACUUUUUUUUUUUUAAUGUGUACCAUAUUUAAAUUGAUCUCAUGUACCAGAAAUCAGAUCAUGAAUGGCUGAUAUUACAUUUCUUUUGGGCAGUCUUGAUUUAAAUAAGGUUGGCUAGUGGCUAAAUGAAUAUGAUCAGCUUUCUGAACGUUGAUGGUAAUUCGGUUCAGCAAGUGCUGUCGCUGUUUUCCCCCCUUCUAAAGAUAUGAUUGGAUGUGAUUAGUCAUGUUCAACUUUUCACAGGGAUGGUAAAUGUCACCUCAAAAACUGUAGGAAAUUGAUUUUAUAUUUAGAUUUAUAUAAAUGGUUAUAUUAAUAUGUUAAAUACUGAGGCAUUCCCUUCACGGUCUUAUAGAACAGCCAGACUCAGUUGUUUCCAGGAUUCAUUAGCCUGUUAAAAGGCAAGGGCUAAAGAUAAGGUGGCAGUGUCCACUUUAUCUUUUUAGUCCUAACUAUGCCAAUUUAAUUAAAAUUCCCUGUAUCUAAACUGUUGCCUUUUACUUAACGAAAGGCAUUUUAGUUUGGUUUAUGUAUAAUACAAGUAAAAAAUAUUUUACACUUCUCACAUUUUAUAGAUGAUCUGUAAGGUCAGAUGCUUUUAAAAUUCAGCGUGGAAAGAUACAGUAGCAAACUUUACUUGUGAGUUCUUUACUAAGUCAGACUAACUUGUAAGUUAGGACUGUCUUUUAAACAGUUAUUCAAAAAACAACUGUAGAACUAUAUGCAUAUGAUUGGUAAUGGUGCUUUUGCCAACUCACUAGAAGGAUUAAAGUAGAGAAUAGACCAUCAGCACAAAAUUGUAAAUUAUUUGAUCAUAAAGCUUAAGACAAUUAAAAAACAAAAUCACAGAUUUUUCUAAUGUGCUUGAUUUAAUGACAAAUGCCAAAAUUUUAAUAGUUGAAAAAUACAGUAGCCCUAAAUGUUGAUACAGCAGUGUUACUAGUCAUACUACUAGAUUAUAUUUUACUUGGUCCUCUAGGAUAGCACUUAAAUAAUUCAUCCUUGGAGUUUCUUUGCCCAGUGUGCCAAACAUGAAUAGAAGAAGAUACUUCUGGUUAUAGAUUUGUGAUAUAUAACUGUAUUAUUUAUGUACUAAAUUAUUUCAUCCACAGUCCAUACCAUGCCUUUAGAGUAGUCCCUGGGAAUUUUAUGGAGACUGUGAGAGAAAUUAAGUCCUAGCCUGAGUAUUAAUGGUAGGGAACUAAAAACUGCAUCCUGGGAAUCUUUCAGGGGUUAAGUAAAGCCUUUGUAACAGGAUUUUGUACCUGAGUAAGUCAGUGAUAUUUAGAGACAGUGUAGCCCUUUAACUUCUAAGAGACAACCUGGACCCACAUGGAAAGACAUGGAGGCCAGGGAGCUGAGCUAUUUCUGUGUCUUGUACAUCAACUAAGACCUGUGUAGGCAGAGAUAAUUGCUGAGUACCUGCUGUGUUUUAUGCCAGUUACACUUAGUAAGUGCCUCUGGUCAUUUAUCAUGUAAGUGGUCCUAAUAGUUAAUUCAAAGGGAGGGCUAUUCCUGGCUCUCAGGGCUAUAUGCUCUUAGAAGUAAAUGA